AUGAGAACUUCAUAAUUAUUACAAGUUUUAAUAUCAAUUCUAAAAUAAAAUUUAAGAAUUGAAUUUAUAAUUAAGCUAUUACUUCUUAGUUAGGUAUGUUGUCAGGAUAAUUUAAUGCAAGGUUAGAGCUGUGAUAAAAACAUAAUUUAAUAAUUGGUAUUGUAGAAUAUUUAGUAUAAGUGUAGUUUGACAGAAAUUAUAGUUGAAAAUUAAGAAGAGAUUAAAUUAGAUUUGGAAUUAAGAGAUUUAUAGAUCUUCUCUUAAUUGUUAAUUUCAAAUAUCAAAAAUGUUUAUAUUAAUAAUCUAAUUUUGGAAAAUUUAAUUACGAAAUAACAUAAAGAUAAUUUUAGUUUGAUAAAAUUUCUCUAAAUAGAAAACUUAAGUAUUUAAUUUUUAAGCAUUUCUAAUUCUUUUUAAAAUAAAAUGGCUUUAAUUAAAGCUGAGGAUAUUAAAAAUAUGUAAGUAAACUAAUUUACUUUAAGUAAUUUAAGUCUAGAGAGAAGUCUCUCCCUGGUUUCUGAAAAUUUAGCAAUCAACUAGAUGAUUUUACUCAAUACUAUUGUUUGUGAAUUUUAUUUAUGUGGUGAAUAAAAUCUAACUAUUAAUGAUAUUUAUGUUCGAUUUGAUGAUUAAUAAUUAUUGGAGGACUAUCAGUGCUUUCAAGAAUAUUCAACAUUUAAUGAAAUUAAUAUUCAAAAUAUAUUUUUUGAUAUAAAUAAAAUAGGAUUUCCUACAGAAGUGAUAAAAUUUGCUAAUAUUUAUAAAGAACAAAGUACUUCUGAAGGCAAAAUUAAUAUUAAUUAAAUCUACUAUAAAUCAGAGCAACAAUAAUAGUCAAUUUAUACGAUUAUUUUAUAGCUAGGUAAGUAAAAUAAUGAAAAUGUCCACAUAAAUAUACAAAAAAUAAUAUAUAAAUAAAAAGAAAGUAAUGUUCCUUUGUAGAUUUAUGCCUAAGAGAUAAAGAGUAUUUUUAUUUCUGAAAUUAUUUUAGAUGGAUUUGGCUAAGAGUUAUAAUAUAGUACAUGCACUUAUUUUAUGAAAAUAGCUCAUAUUAGAUAUUUUUAUGUCGGCUCUAUUGUUUUUAGCUCUAAUAAUAACAUUAACGGUAUCAUCUUAUCAGGGGAAGAUAUUCAAAAUUUAGAAAUAUUUAGAAUUGAAAUAAAAACUUAAGUUUUAUUUAGCUAAAAUGUUAUUGAUUUAAAUACUUGUACUUCUUUUAUGAUAUUAAAUCUUAUAGCCUAAGAUGAUAUAUUUAGAGGAUAUUUAAUUAACGCUUAUAGUACUUCAUCUUUAAAAUUUGUAGAUUUUAAUCUAUAAAAUAUACAAUUUAAUUAAAAAUCAAUAUUUAAUUUAGUAGGUGUUAAAUCCGCUUUUUUUUAAUAUUUUUAAAUUGAUAAAAUAUAGCCUAAAAUAUUCCAAACUGCUGUUUUUAAUAUUGAAUUGUAAUAAUUGAAUUAUGAUACAUUAUAAACUAUUUAUCGUAAUGUCUAAGCAGAUUUACAAUCUAAUCAAAAUUUACAAUUGCUUGUUUUAAAUGGAUUAAAUUAUUAAGUUCUCAUAACAGAAUCAUAAAUUAUGAAUGGAUCUUCUACUAAUUUUGGUGGAUGUAUAAAUUUAAUUUAAUCUUCUCAGAUUCUAUCAUAAUUAAUUAUUUAUAAUUCUAAAUUCAAAAAUUGUAAAAGCAAAUACUCUGGUGGAGCUAUUGCAGGUAUUAGAUAAUUAGAAAUAAAGAAUUCAAGUUUUGAACAAUGUAGUAGCUAAAUAGGUGGUGCUCUAUAUAUGACAACAAACAUUAAUUUAGAUAAUAGUUAUUUUUUAUAAAAUAAAGGUUAUUUAUCAGCAAACAAUUACAAUAAAAAUAUCAUCGAUCUUAAAAUAGGCGAAGUAUUUGAAAUAGUUGAUAUUACUAAAGAUUAUCAACUUAUUUAAACUGAUAAAUUUUUAUAUCCUGGUUUAACGUACAUGAUAAAAAUUUCAAUAGAAACAGAAGAUUUGAAGUAGAAUGCGCUGAGUAACCAAUACUAUUUUGGUAAUAUCUUUGACCUUUUAAUUGAUCCUUCUAACAAUUUUAUAUCUGUAACACCUCCUUAGUUGUUAAACGUAAACUUUCCUUUCCUUUUGUGGUAUGCAUUCGAUAUUGAAUUCGAUGGCUAAUAAACUAUAGACUUUGAAAAAAUAAAUAUAAAUUUUGUUUUAAAUUAUAAUUUAAAAACCAACCAAUACAAAAUAUACAAUGGUUGUAAAAAACAAGGAAUGGAAUAAUUUUUCUUGGAUGGUUAGAGAACUUAGUAAUUUAUUUGUAAAUACUGCGAUUUUAUGAGAGCAGGCUAUGAUGGAGUGUGUUAAAAUUGUUAAACUGACUAUUUUUCAUCAUGCUAUGGAAACUAUUCAAUGUUAAAGUCAGGUUAUUGGAGAUCUAAUUACACUGUUGAAUCUUCAGAUAUUCUUUAUUGUUCAAAUAAUCCACUGAGCUGUUAAGGAGGUAGUGGAAUAGGAAAUAAUUUAUGUUAUGAAGGUCAUGUAGGAGUUUAGUGUUUAGAUUGUGAUAUAAAUGGAAAUUAUUGGUAGGAUAAAUAUUCUUAGUUAUAAAGCUUUCCUGAAACCUAGUUUAAAUUUGCUAACAUUUGCCAAAGAUCCCCUGAAAAACCAACAUAAAUUAAAAUAAAUAAAAUUUAAUAUCAAUCUUAUUUUUCAUAAAUGAGUUCUUUAAUCAUAAUGUUAAAGCUAGAUAAAGGUGGUCUUAUGUAAAUAUUAUUUGAGAAAUUUAAUAGUAUCUCUAUAUAAGAAGUUAUUGUUGAAGGAUUCUUUGGAUUGAUGAAAAAUAGUAACUACAUUAGUUUUCUGAGUGCUACUAACAUCGAUUACUUUUAUAUUAAUUCUAUUGCAAUUUAGCAAAGUAAUCAAAUUGAUGGUAUUAUCUUAAUGGGAUAAGAAAUAUAAACAUUAUUAAUAUAAAAACUUGAAAUAUAACCCUCAGCAUUCUUUUCUUAAAAUGUCAUAGACUUAAAAAAUUAUAAUUCUUAAGUAAUGAAUGGCUCUUCUAUUAAUUUUGGCGGUUGCAUAAAUUUAAUUUCAACAACUGUUUUUACAUAAUCACAAUUAAUUAUAUCAAAUUCCAAAUUCAAAAAUUGUAAAAGUAAAUACUCAGGAGGAGCUAUUUCAGGUAUUAAAUAAUUAGAAAUAAAAAAUUCAAGUUUUGAAUAAUGUAGUAGCUAAAUAGGUGGUGCUUUUUAUAUGGCAUAACAUAACGAAACCCCUUUCGAUAAAAGCUUUUUCAUACAAAAUAAAGGGUAUUUAGUAGCAAAUAAUUACAAUUAACAAACUGUAAAUUUUUAAAUAGAUGAAAUUUAUGAAGUAAUUGAUGUAAAUGAUAACAAUUAACUUAUUAAAAUUGACAAAAUUUUAUAUCCUGGAUUGACGUACUUAAUAAAGAUAUCAAUAAAAGCAGAAGGUGAAUGGUAAAAUACAUUCAAUAACACUAAUAAUUUUGGAAAUAUUUAUGACCUUUUAAUUCAUCCAUCUAAUAAUUUUUUAUCUUUAACUCCUCCAUAACUAUUAAAAAUUAACUUUCCUUUCCUCUUGUGGUAUGCAUUUGAUAUUCCAUUUAAUGAAAAAUAAAUUAUAAACUUUGAACCAAUAAACAUCAAUUUUGUUUUAUAAUCCACCAUAUAAACUUAAGAAUACUAAAUAUAUAAUGGAUGUAAAGAAUAAGGAAUGGAAUAAGUUUUCUUAGAUAAUAAAAAAAAUUAGCAAUAUAUUUGUAAAUAUUGUGAUUAAAUGAAAGCUAGUUAUGAAGGAGUAUGUGAAAAUUGUUAAACUGAUUAUUUCUCCUUAUGCUAUGGAAACUAUUCAAUGCUAAAAUAAUCUUAUUGGAGAUCUAAAUAUACAGUUGACCCUUCUGAUAUUUAUUUUUGCUCAAAUAAUCCACAGAGUUGCUAAGGAGUGGUAUUGGAAAUGAAUUAUGUUAUGAAGGUCAUAUAGGAGCAUAGUGUUUAAAUUGUGAUAUAAAUGGAAACUAUUGGUAAGAAAAAUAUUCUUUGGUAGGCUUUUUCUAAUGCGUUAAAUGUAGCUCUAUUUCAUCUAAUACAAUGA